UCUGAAGCACAUUGCUGGCUUCGGACGUAUCAAUUCAUACCGAAACUGGUGCGGCGGACUCCGCCGUCUGCGUGUUUGGCGGUGAGUUCUUGAAUGAUCGAGAUUAAGUUAGGACUUGCCUAUUAUCGGGAGCUUGCAGAAAACGCGAGGGGCUGGUAGCGUCUUGUGGGAGAUUUUGUCAGUCAACAUAUGCAUACAGCAGCGUCUUGGAUAUGAUUUGUAUCGGAGGCUUAAGUGUGCCGUAUAGACGUCUUCUCAGCUGCUGCGAGCUCAGGCGCUGCGUGUGGGGACGGUUGGGCUGGCCUCGCCUCUGAGGGCCACAGCGGCACCUGCAAUGUUUAUCCAUACAUAGCUUAUAAAGUUAGAAGGCAGCAGGGCGCCGCGGCGGUUCGCGCAUUUGCCGCCUUGUAUCCAGAGGCCAGCCGGAUGCUAGCCUGGCCUGCGUAGCCAAAGCUGGAGUGAUAUAGUGCGAGCUGGUAGGUCUCGCGCAUCUGCUGGGCGGUGCCGCGUGCCGACCUGCGCGUGGUCAUAGCACCGGCGUGUCAGAGGAUACUGCGGCGGCUGGAGCCAGGAAGCCCACUUGACGCCUGUCAACGGACGGAACUGAGGAGCUAAGCGGGAACUCGUGAGCUUACUAGCUCACGAAGGCCUGCGGGCUGUGCCGGGAGGCGGCGUGUGGCGCACGUGCGACUUCGUGCAGCAGGGACGGAGAACGCAAGCAAGCUGUAGACGGUGAACGAGCCUGCUGGAGCCGCCAUGCGGCCAGACGGCCCCUUGGGGGGCUGUCGGCCUGAGGAGGAAGCCGUGGGAGAAAUAGUGGCCGGCAUGACUGGCGAAGAUGACCGGUUGUCGCCACAUGUGCCGCUGCGGAUUUCCAAGAGCCGCCGCAAUGCCACCGCGCUCUACGCGCCGUCGCUUGAUGCGCCAGACCCUUCGGAAGCCGCCGCAGCAGCAGCAGCGGUGGCGGCAAUGCCUUCCGCCACACCGACAGGCCCUUUUGACCCGGCGUCUGCCGCGCUCAAGCCCCGGCGGAACGCUUACGCCAUGUACAGCACGGACGGUGCGCAAAUGAGCGGUGGCAGCAGCGGCGGCAGCGGCGAGACUGCGGCGGUGGCGGUGACAGUGCUUGCUGGCGGCAGCGGGGCGCAGGGUGGUGAAGACAGCCGGAAAGGAUCCAGGUCGGCGCCGCUUCUGCAGAUGGCGGCCGCUGUGCUGGGCGGAGGCACUGUCGCAGAUGGUGUAGAAGGUGCAAGCGGCGCAGCAGGCAAUGGCGGGUAUGCAGCUGCCGCCGGCGGUGCUGGUGCGCACCUGAGGUCUCAGCAGGGCACUGCUGCAAGCACCAUGCAGCCGCGGCUGCUGCCAGCUCGGAUGCACUCGCACGAUGCCGCAGCGCGCCUGGUGGCGGGCCUGCAGCCUCCAGGCACAGCGGCUGCAGAGAGUGCGGCUGCCGGGCAGCACCAGACGGCAGCAGGGGCAGGGGCGGGAGCAGGAGCGGUGCCUGGAGCCGGGGCUGCGGCUGUUGGUGCCUUGGCCGGUGGCAGCGGCAUUGGUCGCGGAGAGGCCAGCGCAGGAGCAUCUUCUGGGGCCCAUGCCGAGGCGGCUGCGCCGUGGGGCCGGCGGGCGGGCUCCGCGCCCUCCUGGCAUGACGAGGACGACGCGACGGCGGCAGCCGCGCUUAACGACGACCAGGAGGCGCUGACUAGGGCGGCGACGUCGGGCAUGGACUAUGCUGCAGAUGACCUCGCCGCCUCGGCACCACUGCUGAUGGAGGGCGGCGUGCCGCUCACGCUCCCGCCGCCCGUGAGCGUGCAGGUUUCCAGCCGCAGUCGAAAGACGGUGGACAACAGCGGCAAGGGCAAACUGACCCUGGGCGUGGUGGGCGUGUUCCACCCGCAGCUGUACAUGAAGGGCGGUGACUGCAUCGAGGUCAACGGCAAGAUGAUCAGCAGGGGCAGGUUUGAGAAGCUGGCUGGCACCGCCACCGCCAAGUGGCAUGUGAGCAUCAAGGUGCUCCCCUCAGGCACCACCAUCGGCAAGUGGCUGCAGCAGCACGGACUGCCGGUGCUGCAGGGCCGGCCGCGCAAGCGCCGCGCCGCGUCGCCGCUUCAUGACGAGGACACGGACGAGCCUGAUGAGGACAUGCCCGAUGACGACGCCUCCGGCGAUGACGAAGACAACAACAACGGCAGCAAUCGCUCAUCACGGCGGGCUUCGCGCCGGGACCACGGCCUCGCUGUCGCCGCCACUGGGGCUGUUGGCGGCGGCGCCGCGGCUGUAGCCGCCGGCGGGCUCAGCCGCCUCCCUAACGCCGGCAGCAUCCAGCCUCUGCUGCCGGUGGCGGGCGGCAUUGGGCAAGGCGGCACGAUGGCGCUCUUGCCUGCGGGCGCGGCGACAAGCCCGCGCGCGAAGAUGCAGCAGACGCAGCUGCAAGGUGGUGGCGGCGGCAGCAACACGUCGCUCCCCAGGCUCUCUGCGCCAGGCGUCAGCGGUGGCGGGAGUGGCACGUUUGCCCGACGCAGCGGCGACCCGCGCCUCGGCACCACCAGCGCGGCGGUUGGCACUGUGAGCAGUAGCCAUGGAUUUCUGGAGCUGCGGCAGGGGCAGGGGCAGGCGCCGCAGCAGGCAGACGGACUCUUGUCGUCUGCGCUCGCUGCGGGGGGUGGUCAGUUUGGCGGCCACGGCGCGGACGAUGGCGGCGAUGACGACGUACUGAUGUCACUGCUAGACACUGCGGGCAUGAUGGGAGACGACGUGCUGCCUCCUCCACAGAGCGGUGAUUUGCUGGUCUCGGCUGCAAGCCAGCUUGCCUUGGGAACCGGAUUUGUGGGCGGCGCAGCAGCAGGCUAUCAACCGCACCAGCAGCUGCAGCUGCACUCGGUUCCACAGCAGGACGCGCCGACGCAGCUGCGAGUGCUUGCAGGCCUCCGCGCUGGUAGCGCGCUUCCUGCGCACCAACAACAGCAGCAACCGCCAUUCCCCCGGCAGCCCUUCCACAGCAGUGGCCCCAUGCUGCACCCGCUGCUGCGCGCAGAGACAGGGGCUGCUGGCGGUCAUGGCGCUGGCAUCGGCAACAGCGGGUUGAGGUCCUAUGACGCCCAGGCUGCUAGGCUUGACGCGUCGUCGUCUGAUUUUGCGGCAGGACUCUCCGGAACAGGCUUCACUUUGGGCAGCAACCAGGGCAGCGGGGCACAGCAGCCGUGGGCGUUUCCUGCGCCCGGCCAUCCCAUGAGUGCGGACAACGCCAGGGCCCUCCUGCUGCAUCAGCAACAACUGCAGCAGCCACGGCAGCAGCAACAACAGCAGCAGCAGCAACAACAGCAGCAGCAGCUGCCAGCGCUGAGCGGCCUCACUCUGCAACACCAACAAAACCUGGGGCUGCAAGGCCGGUCCAGUGGCGGCUUCGCGCCGCUGCAGCACACGCGCAGCAGCCCUGCAGUUUCGCUUGUCGCCGGCGUAGGCUCGCCCGCUGUGCCGCAGCAACAGCAGCAGCAACAGCAGCAGCAUAGGUACCUGCAGCCGGCGGGGGCCACGGGCGGCGGCGCCGCAGGCGGCGGCGGUGGUGCGUAUGACACCGCAGUGGCCGUAGCUACCACCAGCCUACCUGCUUCCGGGUCCACGCGAUCGUGGGGACAGCUGGGAGCGGCAAGCUUUGAAACCAUGAUGGCUGGGGGUGGUCUGGGUGGCAGCAGCAGCAACAACAAUGGCGGCGGCGCGGGGCUCAGCGGCGGCACUGCCGCGCAAGGAUACGUCGGCGGCGGCGCCAGUGCCGGUGGGGCGGCGGCCGCCUCUGGCGCUGCUGCCGGUGCAAGCAUCUUUGGCGGCUCUGCCGUCGGCUGGGGCCGCGCCGGCGGCGCAGCGGGCGCAGGCGGUACUGCGGCAGGCAUCAGUGGCAUGUUUGGCUUUGCAGACGGCGGCAGCGCCGCCACCAGCGGCGCCGGAACCGCGGGGCGUGCGCUGGCGUGCGGUAGCACAUACACAUUUGCAACCGGCGGCCUGACCAGCACCACCACAAUUGGGGGCUACUCGGAUGAUGCCUUCAACCGGCGCAGCAGCAUCCUUAGUAAUACGCUGCUGGAGUUCCCUAGCCCGCCGCCGCCGCUGGGCAUGCAUGAUGUGGAGAUGCUGACUGCGGUGGCCCAGCGGUUCACGGUUGCAGCAGGGAGCGGCGGCAGCAUGUCGUCUGAAAUGAACGCGGCAGCUGCUGGCGGUGGUGCGAGUGGUGCCGGCGCGACCACGUGGCAGCAGCAGCAGCAACAGCAGCAACAGCAGCAGCAGUUGGCGUCGGCGGCCCACGCCAGCGGCCUGCUGGGUGUUGUCGGUGCAGGCAGUAAUGGUGGCGGCGGCCGGGCGUAUCAAGGCGGCGCGGGGGUGCAGACGGCGCGGUCGCACCAGCUGUUGCACGCAUCUGCGUCAGGCGGCUACUCAGGCGGUGUGUCGGGGUUUGGCGGCGGUGGCACGGCGAGCGGGCCGCUGCCGCCGUCCCUACUGAUGGGUGGCGCUGCACCUCAGUACGGCGACGUCCAGCAGCAGCUGUUUCACAACGACCUUCCACGUCCUGCAAAGGGCCGGCGUCUGGGUGAUUUCUUUGAUGCUGCUGAUUCCGGCCUGGGUCUGGGGCUGGGGCCUGGUGCAGCUGGCGCCGCCGCCGCGGCUCCUGCGUUCGGCGGCAGCGGCGGCUUGACUCUUGCCGGUUCGAGCACCCUCAGCCAGGUACAGCUUCAGCAGCUGCAGAUGCAAAUGCAGUUUCAGCAGCUGCAACCGGCCCAGCAGGUGACGACGAAGCGGGAGUCCAGCUCUGCGGCGGUGACAGUGGGCAGCGGCGGCAAUGAGGGCAGCGGCGGUGGCUAUGGCAAGCAGCAGUCAUUCGCCGCGAUGCGUUCGCUUGAGGAGCGGGCGGCUGCGCUGAUGCGGCCUCGGGCGCCGCAGGCAGCAGGCAUGCCGACCGCCGCUGCGGGCUUAACGGAUGCCUCGUACCAGUGGGAGCAGGGGAUGGGGCAGCCACGGCAGCACUACGGCGGGCAGCAAGAGCCAGAGUAGACGCUGUUUAGGUCAGCGGUACUCGUUGAUUGAGAGUACUUUGCCCUCUGUGGUUGAAGUUAGCUGCGCGCAAAGCUGUGUUUUGUAGCUGUCUGUGGCGUUCAGUACGCUUCAUCAGCUGUUCGCAUCAUACCUGCCGUUUCGGCCAUAAUGUGCUUCCGGUAGCUUUCUCCGAGGCUACUUCUUACGUACGGACUAUGCAACUGGUCGCCUUCAGCACGCACAUUCCCCCGCACCUUUUGGUAUCCUUGUGCUUCAUCGUAGUCACACACAACAAACGAGGCCACCAUUCAGUGCUGCCGCACCUAGCAUACGCGCCGCAAAACGUACGGGUCUCGCGGAUGCUGCACUGGGCAACACUGAUUACCGGUCAACUACCGGUCGGCAUUGCUUGUCGCCGCAUCAUUGCGUAGGUCAUGGGACUGUUUCGUGUUGUGUGGGUUAAAACCUGUGUACGGCAGAAUUUGAUGAGGCACGACGCCUUAUACAUUUGGCCAGAUGUGCCGCGUGCGUGGGGUACCUGAGCUGUGGGAGUGGGUAACAGCCUGGUAUAAUCCGAGGGCGUCUGGUAAUUACCAGGUAGGCUUCCAGCACCCCUGCUCUCAGCGCAUGUCAAGGGCCUUCCCUUGCGCGUAGUACUACGUGUCUUGACUGAGGUUCGGCAUUCGUAAGGCACAUUGCAAACUGGAUGCAAGAAGGCUGCCGUGCAUAGCCAAACAGCGGAACACUGGAAAGCUGGCUUAACCCAAGCCCUAUUCGCGUUGACGGUAUGAGGCCAAAGGUUUGCCACAAUAGCCGCAUGCAGUUGCUUGCGGGACGUAGCUGGGGCCGAUCGCUACAAGCACCGCGCACCUCGGUGGCCUAACUACUCUCGAGAACUGCAUAAUCCCACUUUGAUAUUAUUAGGAAUCUUGGUCGCAAGUGACCCUCGAGUGUAGACGUGGCGCCGGCUUCUGACUAGGCUGCGGGCAUCAAUUUGCUUAUAGAACUUGGGAAGCUUUUGGUGUCUGGUGGCUUUGGCACGGCGCAGCGAGGCAGCAUGCGAUGGAGGCCCCAUACUUCAGGAUCAGGUCUGGUGAUGCGGUAUGGGGGUAGCUCGGAGUAGCGGGCAAAGAUGUCAGGCAGCGGCGAUGCUUGAUUAUGGUAGGUGCUUGGCGGCAAGCUACAGAAUGUGACGGCGGGCCUGUUCGGCAUAGUAUAUCCGGCACUCGAUCGGCACGCACAAGUGCCCCUGGCUAGUGCAUGACCGGUGCGCGCCGGCGCGUGCACCAGCACUUGGCUCAGGUCUAGCUUUGGAGGCGUUCAAUUAAUUUAUAGGAAGCCGGCUGGCUGGCUCUCGCGGGGCGUAACACAAUGAGGCACGCGAAAGGUCUUGGUUGGGGUUUACCUACCACACAUUGCCGUGAAGGUUGCUCGGCAGCGUACGGGCACUCAGCUCGGUAGCGUACGGGCGCGGGCUAGGUGCCCGAUGCUGGGUAUACGUAUGUACCGUAUACGGAUGGGGGGUCCUCUUAACCCAGGCCGCUUUUGUUUGUUUAGCCCACACGACCAAGACUGCUGCCCGCCAACACAUGCGUCUGAAACAAGUACACCUGGGCCGCAAGCAACACGCGCAUUGCUGAUGAAUGCCGUUAUGAUAUCGGUUGCAGUUUAGAUUGAUAUGCUCAUCAUGGUUGGUAAGCAGUGGGCGGGUACGGCUUUGGCUUGCAGAAUGUAUGUGUGCAUGGGCUAAUUGAAUGUUGGUUUGUACGCAAGGUAUUGCUGGCAGCCGCGCCAGCCCCUGCUGGUUUGGCGGCAGCAGGCGUACGAGGUCGGCAACACGUAAUGCACCACCAGCGCCAAUGCAGGCAGCAGCUAGCGUUGGGCAGGCGCAACAAUGCAAGGUGUGUGUAUAAGUCCAUGCGUGCAUGCGCUUGGUGUGUGCCUCGGGUUGCUUGCGGGGUGUGCGCGUGUUGUGUUUGCUACUUGUGUUGCUUGGUAGGAGGUACGCGAGGCCGGGUGCCGGUGCUUCCUUCGGUGUGUCAUUUUACUCGGUAUGGUAUGGCACAUCAAGGCGCCCGCGCCCGCGCCCACGCCGCGUAAUGCUUAGGAUGCGGAGGCCCACGACCAAAGCGGGCUGGACUACGUUGGAUGAUGGAUGGAGCGCCGGGGUGCGCAAACAAGAAGUAAGGGUGGCAAGGAGGAACCACUAAUGUGUAUGUUGUAACGGGGCCGUUGAGGCGUCCAUAAUAAGCAUAAUACGUACGGGAGAGUUGUGUGGAGCUUCAAUUGUGGUUUGGUGCAGCUGCGAGCAGGGAAGCAAUACCAUGCAGCGGGCACGAAGUGGGCGUCGCACCUGAAGAAAUGAAUAAUGCGGGCGGCGGGGCGGGGCGCACGUGCGUUGACUGACCCCCUGCGCCACAUGCGCCGCGGUGGCUGCGGCGUGCCGGCUGUGUCUACGCAUCCGCUGGGUGGCACUGGAACCAGGAGUGUGGGCUUGGGGGCGGUCCGGUGGUGUCACUGUUGCUGGCGGUGCUGGCCCUAGGCAGCGUAGUGACGCACGUCCGGCCGCAGCAGGUAGCGCGUGGCAGCAAGUAGAGAGGCAAGCAGGCGGCGGAAUCGCAGGGCUUGCUUUGUUUGAGCGAUAAUGCGCUGCGUUUCAGGCACGUGUAACCUUGGCCUUUC